GCGAAAAAGUAAAAGCUGAAAUGAAACCUCAUCAAGGUAUUUGGCUUUUUAGAAGCUUGCUAGCAACUUGUCCCUAUCACCAUCACUGCUAUGCUCCUUCUCCCCUUGUUAAAAGGGUAGGUCAGAUGAUGGAACAAUACAGUGUGAAGAACAAUUAUUUCCUGAAUACAGUUAAAUCUGCUCUGCCCCAUCAUGCCUGGCCAAGGAAAUACCAUCAGGAUUCUAGAGCCGUGUGGAAGCAUGAAGCUGUGCAAAAAUACCUAGAGACUGUUAUAAGAGAAUACCAACGAAUAAGCCAUGUGUUGAGCAGUGUCUCAACGAAUGAGCAUGAGCAAAGGAUCCUUAGCAGAAGACAUGCUGAUCUAGUUCCACUUGCAGCUGUUUUUCAAGAAAUACAAAAAGCAGAAAAAGAAGUUAAAGAGUUAGAAUCCAUGUGUACAGAGCUAAACAACAAAGAUGAGAAACAACUACUAAAACUUGCCUUUGAAGAGAAGAAAGAAAUUGAUCAAGAAAUCAACACUUUGUAUAAGAAGCUUUUCCAGAUUCUAGUGCCAAAGCACAAACAUGAUGAAUGUGAUGUCAUAUUAGAGCUUGUAUCUGGCAGAACAACUGGAGGUGACAUUUGCCAGAUGUUCACAAAAGAAAUAUUUGAGAUGUACCAGAAUUACGCAGAACAUAAAUCCUGGACCUUUGAAAUUCUGAACUAUGUUCCUACUGAUAUGGGUGGGUUACAUCAUGCAGCAGCUUGUAUUUCGGGAGACAGCGUCUACAGGUAUUUGAAGUUUGAAUGUGGGACUCACAGGGUUCAGCGAAUCCCAGAGAUUGGCCUGUCAUCAAGAAUGCAGCGUAUUCACACUGGGACAGCGUCAGUUGUUGUCCUCCCUCAGUCAGAGAAGGUAGAGGUUAAAGUGAACCCAAAGGAUUUGCGUAUAGAUACAUUCAGGGCCAAAGGAGCAGGAGGGCAACAUGUUAACAAAACGGAUAGUGCUGUGAGGAUUGUGCACCUUCCUACGGGAGUAACAGUAGAGUGCCAGCAGGAGCGAUCACAGCAAUUGAAUAAGGAAAAGGCUCUGCAGACACUGAGCGCUAAACUGUACCAGCAGAUCAUUGAGAGGGAUCGAAGCCAAAUGCAGAAUGCCAGAAAACUACAGUUGGAAACAAGAAGCCAGUCGGAGAGAAUUCGUACCUAUAACUUCACACAGGAUAGAGUCAGUGACCACAGGAUCUCAUAUGAAGUCCGAAAUAUAAAGGAAUUUCUGCUUGGUGAAGAGGCCCUGGAUGAACUAAUCAACAGGUUGUUGGAGUCUGCAGAGAUGGAGGCACUGAUUAAACAUGUAGAAAAUUUUAAAUCUUUUGAAGAAGGAGGUUAAUGUGGAUGUUGCAUUAAAAUUCUGAUUUGUAAUUGUGUAGUUGAAUAAAAUUGAGGCAUUUUUUUAGACAUCAAGAAUUGAAAAAAAAUCUGUGCUAUUCUUUCCUGUAUUCUUCUGUGAUCAUGUGACAGGAUUUUUGUUAAACCGUGUGUGGCUUUUGGAAUUACUGGCCCACCCUGGCAUGUCAAAUUUUAAGUCUUUUUUUUGUUUGUUUUUUGGACAUUGCCCAUCUAUCAGCCUGUAGUUCUCAAUAUAGACACGGCACCAGCAGUACAGGCUUUCCUGUGUUCCCAUCAGUGUACCUUAAAUCUUGAUGUGAGAAACAGGAAGAGAGCACUCACUUGUAUGUCCAUGGCCCCUUUCUGAGUUAGCAUUUAGGUGGGGAACAAAUGCAGCCUGCAGGAACUGGUCUGAGAUUGCUAAUGGUCAUCAGAUGGUAACAACUUCCAGCCACUGGAGCUGGAUUAGUUUGGAACUGGUCGUCUAGGUGUUCUGUUCCAUCAGUUCCCUUAAAUUUAUUUUGUAAUAAAGCCCACUACUAAACCAUUCACUCCUGCCUUAGAACUCAUAGCAGGAGCUAAGAAUGGAAAUGUAUGUGUAGAUACAGUUGCAGAGAUCUCCCUCAGAAAAGGCUGCUACCUGAGCUUGGAAGAUCCCCAGGGGGGAAUCAGUGCAGAUCUCAGUACAGAUGAGACAGGGGUUUCUCAUUACUUUGCACAUCUCAGUACAGAUCUACCCCAAAGCUGGUGCAGAAAAGUACACAAGUUGCCUUGGGGUAGAUCUG